AUGGGCAACGGAGCCAAGGCGCAGCAGAAGCGCGAGCGCAACGCCAAGGACAGCAAAGUUGCCAAAUCGCAGCUCAAAGUCAACCAGCAGGCCAUGAAUAUUCAAUGCCAGGUCUGCAAGGCUACCUUCCUGUCCACCACCAAGGGCCCUGCGCUGCAAGAACAUGCUACCAACAAGCAUAGCAAGGACAUCGGCGCCUGCUUCCCCGGAAAGACUCUAUAG